AUGGCAAGCUCUACCAAGGAGCGCGGUGUGCGCAUCGCCAUUGAUCGCGGAGGAACUUUUACGGAUUGCGUUGGCGAACAAAACGGUCAGGAAAUCAUCAUCAAACUUCUUUCUGAGGAUCCAGCCAAUUAUAAGGAUGCUCCGCUGGAAGGCAUCAGGCGCAUCAUGAGCCAUUUUCUUAAAAAGGACAUUCCCCGUGGUGAGCCCCUGGACACGUCCAAGAUCGACUCCAUCCGCAUGGGGACAACUGUUGCCACAAAUGCUUUGUUAGAACGAAAGGGCGAGAAAAUUGCCUUGGUAGUUACUAAAGGAUUCAGAGAUUGCUUGGUCAUUGGAAACCAGUCGAGACCCAAGAUUUUCGACUUGGCAAUCAAGAAGCCCGACGUACUGUAUGAAAAGGUCGUCGAAAUUGAUGAGCGUGUGACGUUGGAAGAUUACACGGAAGACCCAGAGCGCAAAGUAACAGGAGUGGAAGAUCACGUCGGGACCAACGAGGCGGAAGCAAAGUCGCUAAUCCGAGGUACAUCUGGCGAGACUGUUCGCAUUCUCAAGAGAGCCGAGGAUAGUGAAAUCCGUCAAAAGCUGCAGGAGGUGUAUGGGGAGGGCAUCAGAAGCAUUGCAGUCUGCUUGAUGCAUGGAUAUACCUUCCCCGAUCACGAAGCUCAAAUCGGACGCAUCGCCAAGGAUAUCGGAUUUAGUCACAUUUCAUUAAGUCAUGAGCUAAUGCCCAUGGUAAAGCUUGUCUCGAGAGCUACUUCUGUUUGCGCAGAUGCUUAUUUGACACCAGCCAUCCGGCGAUACAUCGACGGCUUCCAAGAAGGGUUCGAAGGUGGAUUGGGGACACAAAGCGUCAAAGAAGAAAAGGGAUCCAAAGGCGCCAGGUGCGAGUUCAUGCAGUCUGAUGGUGGUUUGGUUGAUGUUGAUAAGUUCACCGGAUUGAAGGCCAUCCUGUCCGGGCCGGCCGGGGGCGUGGUUGGCUACGCCAUUACAUCGUAUGACGAGGACACCAAGAUACCCGUGAUCGGUUUUGAUAUGGGCGGGACAAGUACGGACGUUUCACGUUAUGGUGAAGGUCGAUAUGAGCAUGUAUUCGAGACUACCACAGCAGGCGUAACCAUCCAGUCACCCCAGCUUGAUAUCAAUACCGUGGCAGCUGGUGGUGGAUCAAGGCUCUUCUUCCGCAAUGGGCUCUUUGUCGUCGGCCCAGAGUCUGCUGGCGCCCACCCUGGUCCAGCUUGCUACCGUAAAGAUGGUCCUGCUACGGUAACUGACGCCAACCUGCAUCUCGGUCGUUUGUUGCCCGAGUUCUUCCCGAAGAUCUUUGGCAGGAGUGAGGAUGAAAGUUUGGAUCCAGAGGCAAGCAGGAAGGUGCUUCAGGAACUGGCAGACCAGGUGCAACGAGAAACGGGGAAAAGCCUGACUGUUGACGAGAUAGCCUACGGAUUUCUGACUGUCGCUAACGAGACCAUGACAAGACCAAUUCGAUCUAUUACGGAGGCCAAGGGGCACGACUCGUCUAAACACCGCCUGGCAACGUUUGGCGGUGCCGGUGGCCAGCACGCCGUUGCCAUUGCUGAUUCUUUGGGAAUCAAUCAAAUUCUUGUGCAUCGCUAUUCCUCAGUCCUCUCAGCCUAUGGCAUGGCUCUUGCGGAUGUAGUGGACGAGCGCCAGGAACCUGAAUCUGCCGUUUGGCAAGAUGACGGUCGGAUUGUCAGCGAAAUACAAGCCAAGAUGGAGAAGCUUAAGAAGAAAUCUCGAGCUGCGCUAAAAGACCAGGGCUUCAGGGAUAAUGAGAUUGUUUUCGAAGAAUAUCUCAACAUGCGAUACAGGGGUACUGAAUCUGCUCUGAUGAUUAUCAAACCCACUGACCAGGAGGCCAAGGCGCAUUUCGGCGGCAAAAGUUGGCAGUUUGGCCAGGCUUUUGCCCGGCAUCACAGAUAUGAAUUUGGGUUUACUUUGGAUGACAGAGACAUCAUUAUUGAUGACGUCCGGGUCCGUGGCAUUGGCAAAAGUUUCCGUCAUCAAGAAAAGACAGUUGAUCAGCAGCUCAAGACGAUCAAGCGCCAGGACGUAGCAGAAGACAAGAAGCACAGUACAAAAGAAGUGUAUUUCGAGGGUGGGAGAAAGAAAACCCCAGUGUACAAGCUGGAGGACCUGGAUGUUGGGGACGUUAUAAAGGGCCCAGCUAUGCUCGCAGACGGCACGCAAACUAUCGUGGUACCACCCAAAACAAAUGCAUUGGUCACGGAAACUCACGUCAUAUUGGACAAUCACAAAGGAGGAGACAAGGAGGAAGGAUACCAUCGAGACAACGCUGAUCGUGAGGUUGACCCCAUCAUGCUAAGUAUCUUUGGCCACAGAUUCAUGGCCAUUGCCGAACAAAUGGGCCGAGCCCUACAAAAAACCAGCGUCAGCACCAACGUCAAAGAGCGCCUCGACUUCUCCUGCGCCAUCUUCGACUCUACAGGCGGGCUCGUCGCAAACGCUCCCCAUCUACCCGUCCAUCUCGGCUCUAUGUCAACUUGUGUUCGGCGACAGGCUGAAAUCUGGAAAGGCAGACUCGAGAAGGGAGACGUCAUCAUUUCCAACCACCCUUCAUACGGAGGUACACACCUUCCUGAUAUCACCCUUAUUAUGCCCGCAUUCGACGAGACGGGUAAAAACAUUCUCUUCUACGCGGCAUCCCGCGCACACCACGCCGAUAUUGGCGGCAUCACAGCCGGCAGCAUGCCCCCUCAUUCGCGCGAGCUAUACCAGGAAGGCGCCGCAAUCAUCAGUGAAAAGCUAGUCAGCGGUGGUAAAUUCGACGAGAAGAGAGUCGUUGAGCUCUUUUACGACGAGCCAGCCAAGUACCCCGGCUGCAGCGGUACCCGAACACUCGCCGACAACAUCAACGACCUCAGGGCCCAGGUAUCAGCCAACCAAAAGGGCAUCUCCCUCAUCGAAAGCCUCAUCAAGGAGUAUGGAGAGCCCACAGUCCAGUUCUACAUGGUCAACAUCCAAAAGAAUGCUGAGCUCUGCGUACGUAACCUCCUCAGAGACGUGUACAAACGAUUACAGGGCAAAAACCUCGAGGCCGUCGACUACAUGGACGAAGGAACGCCCAUCAGGCUCAAGAUCACCAUCGACCCGGACCAAGGCAGUGCCGACUUCGACUUUGCCGGCACAGGACCCCAAGUAUACGGCAACGUCAACGCCCCGCAAGCCAUCACCUAUAGCGCCAUCAUAUACUGCCUCCGGUGCCUGAUAUUCGAAGACAUACCCCUGAACCAGGGCUGCCUCCGGCCGAUCAACGUCAAAAUCCCCGCGAAAUCCAUCCUCUCCCCGGCUCCCGGCGCCGCCGUUGUAGGCGGCAACGUGCUCACCAGCCAACGCAUCACAGACGUCAUCUUCAAGGCGUUCGAGGCCUGCGCCGCCAGCCAAGGGUGCUGCAACAACCUCACUUUUGGGUUCGGCGGUAACGUGUCGGGGUCAAAAGCCGUCCGGGGCUUCGGAUACUACGAGACGAUUGCUGGGGGGAGCGGCGCCGGCCCCGACUGGAUCGGCACAUCUGGCGUUCAUGUGCACAUGACGAAUACCCGGAUUACAGACUCGGAGAUUUUCGAGCGCAGAUAUCCCGUGCUGCUGCGUGAGUUUUCGAUCCGCAAAGGUUCGGGGGGCAACGGUCAGCACCGAGGCGGCGACGGCGUCGUGCGAGACAUUGAAUUCCGGAUUCCCCUGCAGGUCUCCAUCCUCAGCGAGCGGCGUGUAUACCAUCCGUACGGCAUGAAUGGCGGCGAAGACGGUGAGUGCGGGCUGAACCUCUGGGUCCGCAGCGUUGAAAAGACAGACUGGGAGAAGUCGCUCAAGCAGUUCCGUGAGCCGCACGCCGGCAACAGGGAGACCGAGGAAGCAGAAUACGAAGAACGCUACAUCAAUAUGGGCGCCAAGAAUAGUGCGGCAAUGAAGGCUGGCGAUCGUAUCAUUGUAUGCACACCCGGUGGUGGUGGUUGGGGGGUGCCCGGGCUCAAGAGCCGCGUCAGGGAUCAGGUAGAUCACAAGGAGAACUGGAAGAAGGGCAGCGGUGCCACCAGAGAGGAUACGGCUCUACAGGCAUAA